AUGGGAACUUCGCUGUCGCCGCUGCUGACUGUUCUGUCGCUCCUCUCCGGCCGGUGGCUCGAACUAGGAAAUGGACAGACAACCAACAUGGUCCAGCUGCCAGGUGGGAGAUUCCAGAUGGGAACCAACUCACCAGACGGCAGAGAUGGUGAAGGACCUGUCCGGGAGGUGACGGUAAAACCCUUUGCCAUCGACAUAUUUCCUGUCACCAACAAAGACUUCAGGGAGUUUGUCAGGGAGAAAAAGUACCGCACAGAGGCUGAGGUGUUUGGGUGGAGCUUUGUCUUUGAGGACCUUGUUUCUGAUGAGCUUAGAAACAAAGCAACCCAGAAAAUGCAGUCUCUCCUCUGGUGGCUCCCCGUGGAAAGGGCAUUCUGGAGGCAGCCUGCAGGUCCUGGCUCUGGCAUCCGAGAGAAACUGGAGUUCCCAGUGGUACACGUGAGCUGGAACGAUGCCCGUGCCUACUGUGCUUGGCGGGGGAAACGGCUGCCCACUGAGGAAGAGUGGGAGUUUGCUGCCCGAGGGGGCUUGAAGGGUCAGGUGUACCCCUGGGGAAACAAGUUCCAGCCAAACCGCACCAACCUGUGGCAGGGAAAGUUCCCCAAGGGCGACAAGGCUGAGGAUGGCUUCCAUGGUGUCUCCCCUGUGAAUGCUUUCCCCCCACAGAACGACUACGGGCUCUAUGACCUCGUGGGCAACGUAUGGGAGUGGACGGCGUCACAGUACCAGGCUGCCGACCAGGACAUGCGUGUCCUCCGGGGGGCGUCCUGGAUCGACACAUCCGACGGCUCUGCCAACCACCGGGCGCGUGUCACCACCAGGAUGGGCAACACUCCAGAUUCUGCCUCAGACAACCUAGGCUUCCGCUGUGCUUCCAGUGCAGGCCGACCACCCGGGGAGCUGUGA